AUGAUCCUGAUGGACGAGGAGGGGACACAAUACCAUGCUCGUGUCUUCAAUCAGAAUUUCUCCAGAUUUCGUCAUCUUUUAAAGGAAGAUGAAAGUUAUAUAGUUAUAAAACCCAAUAUGGCUGCUGUUACUAAUGGUUUUAGUUAUACAGGUCAUAAACAGACCUUAACUUUGGAUUGGAAAAGCAUCCUAAAAAAAUGUGAUGAUUUCUCGGGUCCGGUCAAUGGAUUUAUGUUUGUUGACUUUAAUUCUAUCAUAGAACAAACAUGCCCAAGAGACACAUUCUUUGAUGUUAUUGGACAUAUCGUGUCAUUUAGGCCUCUUGAAACUUCAAAUCCAGUACCAUCCAAGCAUUAUAUAAAACUCACUCUUAGCAACCUAGAUUCUGUACAUCUGAAGGUUACUAUUUUUGGAAGUCAAGCAUAUCAAAUUUCAGAAUACCUAAAAAAUAACCCGACGGUUAAUUGUGUUGUUAUCGUGAUGCAGUUUUUGAAGCUAAACAUUUGGAAUGGUAUUGGUGAAGCUAAAAGUCAUUUUGAAGUAACGAAAUUGUUCAUAAAUUCUGACAUUUAUGAAAUUAAUGAGUUUAAAAAUAAGUUGAAAUGUCAUGACAAUUUCGGUAUAACUGAAAAAAGCAUAACUACACUUCAAAGCUACUCUUCUUCAUAUACAGAUGACUUUAAGGGCAAUUUUCCAUUAAAAACAGUUUGUGAGAUCACCGAACCAAUUAAGGAAAUGAAGUUUUUAUUAGUUGCUUCCAUUGUUAAUAUAAGGCAGAAUCUACCAUGGUAUUAUGAAGCAUGCAACAAAUAUGGAAAAAAAAUAAUCCCUGUUCCCAAAGCCAAUCAUUCGUAUACCAACCCUGAGGGAAUUUCAAAAACUAUGGUUGUCGAGUGUACAAAUGCACAAUGCAAAAAAUCUGAAUUUCAGACAGUUAUAAAGUAUAUAAUUCCAAUGAACGUACAAGAUUGUACUGGAACCAUUGGAUUGACUCUUUUUGAUAGGGAAGCAAAGAGGCUGUUAAAUAUAAGUGCAUACGAGUUGAAAAAGAUACAUGAUGCGGCCGGAGACAGUGAUGCACUAUUUCCAAUGCAACUUAACGUGUUGAAAAACCGCAAGUUUGGUUUUGUUGUAGAUAUUACAGAAUACAAUGUCAACAACUAUAAUAACAUCUACACAGUUCUCAGAGUUACAGAAGAUAUGUCCAUUGUUUCUGAAUUGGAAAGUAAAAUAGAACUUAUGGAUGUGAUCUCACAAACAGAUGAAAGUUUUACACCCUCAACAGUUGAUAAGUCAACCGCAACAAGUCCAAGCAAAAUAUCAGGUGAUUUGAAGCGCAACCUCCAAGAAAUUUAUGAUGUUGAUUCUGGAGAUGAUUUAAGUUCAACUAAGGCUAAAAGAAAGUCAACCGGAGAGGAAACUCCACUCUUAAUUCCAAAAUUGGAAAAGUGA